CGGCGCUCUCAGUAGCUUCAAGUGUCGUACAGUUUGUUGAUUUCGCCGGGAGGGUCGUUACACAAACCAUCAAGGUCUAUCGCACCAAGCCAAACCAUGAAACAGACCCGCAUGACAACCUCGAGAAGAUUACGCACGAUUUGGCAUCCCAUAACAAGGCUCUGAGAGAUUCGCUAAAGUUGCAACAUGAUUCAGCGCCGGCAAAUCUGUCAGCGGUGGAUACGCAAAUUAUGCGGAUAUGCAGAGAUAGCGAAGCGGUUAUCACAGAGCUUCUGUCAGCCCUGGGCAGGCUGAGGAGCUCGCAGACGACACUGUGGAGCAGCUUUUUGGAUGCAUUGAAGAGUAUCUGGAAUGCGGAUCAAGUGGAGGCUUUGAGGCAGACGCUGGACACCUAUCGGCAGCAAAUAUCACUGUAUCUGCUGACCUCAUUACGCGAUCAGGUCAAGACACUUCAGCAGAACCAGUCAAAUCGGGACGAGGAACUGCGCACUAUCGCAAGGCAAACCCAGACAAUGGUUCAAAGCUUUCUCCACAAGGUGGCAGCGCAAGAUGGCUGGCAGCAGGAGAUCAUCCAAACGAUGCACAAUGAUUACGAAGAGAGAAGACGACUUAAUACCGACGCCUUUGCAUUGCCUGCGGUCGAAAUGCGGAAAACCCUGAUCUAUGAGGACUUACAAUGCUUCACUAGUGGCCUCCUCUAUUGGGUUCGCUUUAGAGAGCUCGAGCACCGGCCCGAGAAGAUCGAGCAGGCUUAUGAGAGGACCUUCGAAUGGAUAUUCAGCACAUCUCCUAACAAUCCGUGGUCCGACUUCGUCAAAUGGGCCGAGGGCGAUUCAGAACCUCUCUACUGGAUCACCGGAAAGCCAGCCUCAGGAAAGUCAACGCUGAUGAAAUUCAUUUACUCUCACGAGCGCACGCAUCAGCUGCUACACCAAUGGGCCAAGAGGAGGAAACUGAUAGUCUCGGCCUUCUACUUCUGGAACUCGGGAUCGGAACUCCAGAUGUCCGAAGAAGGAUUAGCCCGCACACUUCUGUAUGAGACCAUCCGGCAAGAACCGGGACUGUGGGAGAUUGCUUUCCCACACAAGAUGGAGGAGUUCAUUCUCUUCGGAAAUCCGUGGCACAAACCCAUCACUUGGGAAGAAAUCAUGAGCGCUUUUCGCCAUCUGGUGGAGGAAGUUGGAGACGAGCACAAACUCUUCUUCUUCAUAGACGGCUUAGACGAGUACAGCGGUGACCACGACAAGCUCAUCGCCAUGAUCCAAAGAUUCGUUUCGCCUAAUGUCAAGACGUGUGUUUCAAGCCGUCCAUGGAUCGUUUUUGAAGACGGAUUCCACCAAAGGCCAAGCUUGAGAUUGGAAGAUCUCACGUACAACGACAUUAAGCAUUACGUCAGCUCCCGGUUAAGCCAGAACAGGGGGUUCGCGCAAUUGGAAAUUCUGAACCAGCAGUAUGCCGCCAACUUAAUUAAGAAUGUCGUCAUGAAAGCGUCGGGCGUGUUUCUAUGGGUUCAUUUGGUCACAGACUCACUUAUGGAUGGUCUUUCUGGGGGUGAGCGACUGGAGGAGCUGCAAGCACGUUUGGAUGAUCUCCCGCCCGAUCUUGAGCACCUUUUCUGGAAUAUCUUGGCUCGGUUGGGUGGUUUCCAUCUCAAGCGAGCUUCCGAAAUGUUCCAAAUCUUCCGGGCAUCGAUCGGGCAGUUAACACUGCUUAUGUUCUCAUACGCUGAUGACGCGGACCCCGAUAUUGCUUCGAAACACGCCUACGGCGCACUUUCACCCGAGCAAACACAUGCACGGGCUGAUAUUAUGCGCCGGCGACUGACGGCCUGUUGCAAGGGACUUCUGGAAUCGAAACCCACAGCAAUGCCAUUGGCCCAUACUGAGAUAGGUUACCUGCACCGAACGGUCAAAGACUACGUGGAACGACCCGAGAUCUGGUCCAAAUUCCUAGCUUUGACGGACCCGGAUUUCAAUCCCUAUUUUCGCCUGUGCAACGCGCGGAUCAUCGAGCUCCGUACCCGACCUAUGGGCUUCUUUAGGGCGCAGGAUAGUGGAAAAGAGUUUUGGGCUAUCGUUACGCACGCGAUUCAGUAUGCUUUACUCGCUGAUCCGACGUGUACUGAAGGCUUCCAGGCCAAGUUAUUCAACGCUCUCGAUUUCGCUGCCUCUUACCUUGCCAACCGGGAAGAGGAAGGAAGCAUUCCCUAUACUCAAGGGAUUGCGAACAAGCUUAAUGUGCCAUCAAUUCAUUGGACGGCUGUCGAGGAACGGUGUUCCUUGAACAGGUCCUUUUUGCAUCUCGCCAUCCAAAGCUGUCUCUUUGAGUACGUCCGUGAGGCCGCGUCACCAUUCUACGGCGCAGAACCUGCAGAGCUAUCUCACGGACUUCUAGUGGCUGUCUCACAAAACCAGAAGGACACUGACCUCCCGCUCCCAAAACCUCCGCGAGGAGCAGCCGCGAGGCACCCGAUGGACCUCGUACCUCUGCUGCUAUCACGCGGCGCUGAUCCCAACCUUCCUAUUCGGGACGCGCUAAAAUACACCUUUGGACAGCCUGAGGCCUUCUCUCCAUGGCAGGUGUUCCUACUAAGGCUGGGACUUAUGAAUCCACGAACUCCACGGGCUCCGGGCUUCGACCCUGAUGUGUAUCUUCGGAACCAAGAGCUCCAAAUAUUAGAGGCCCGCAGGUUGGAUAAUCCUAACCCGCCACCCAUUCUGCCGGCGCCCUACCACUCAUCAACACCAACCAUACACCAGAGCAGGUCCGAGAUCGCGCCUGCCUCCUUGUUGGUCAUCGCAAAGUCAUUUCUCGAACACGGCGCUGAUCCCAGUCUGGUGGGAAGGGAGCAUGGACGUGAGAUUUCGGCAUGGGCGAAAAGGAAGCUCGGUGAAAGAAGGGCGAGAGGGAUUUUGAGUGUCGUGU